AAUUCAGAUUCCCUUUGGAUCCUGAAGCCUUUUUAAAAAGGGGUAGGUGGAGUUUCGCCUCUCUCCUGUCCCCAGACCUGAGUUUGGUCACAUCGGUUGGGUGUUGCCACUUUCCGGUCUCCUUGCUGGCGAGUCCACUGGUCCUGGUCCCCUUUCCCCAAACUGAAACACACUUAGUAACUUUUUAAUUAAGUUUCAAGCAAAUUCAAAGGGAAACAUCUCCUAGUCAUCGAAACCCUGCAAUGGAUCAGCACAAGUAUCGUACGGCGGGCGUACAGGAGAAGCUGGAGAUCAUCGGCGUAGAGGACGCUGAUGGGAACCCCAUCAGCGCCCUGACCAUCCUGUCUCUGCUGGAGCGCGUGGCCGGCAUCAUCGACAAUGUGCAGUCCUGCCAGCAGCGCAUGGAGGAGCGUCAGCUGGACCUGGAGACCAACAUCAAGACCAUCCAGGGCGACGUCAUGAAGCUGGCCAAGGACCACACGGACACCAGCGGCACGGUGGAGAAGCUCCUGCAGAAGACUCGCAAGGUCAGCGCCAACGUCAAGGAGGUCCGGGCGCGCGUCGAGAAACAAAACGUUCGCGUCAAGAAGGUGGAAACCACGCAGGACGAGCUGCUCACCCGCAACAAGUUCCGCGUCGUCAUCUACCAGGGUGAGACCGAGAUCCCAUCUGUGGCCGUCACUAAGUCUUCCAAAGGAUCCGGCCUGGACGGGCUGGAGAUUGAGCCCGACUCCUACGAUGUCCCUGCAGACCUCUCCUCCGACGAGGAGUACCUGAGCGUGGAGGAGGCCGACCCCUCGCGGGCCGCCCGCAUCAAGAAAUCAGUCGUGAAGAGCACAGAGAGCCUGAAGGCCGCCUUCUCCAAGGAGAAGAUGAGCAAAACUAAAGGCAACCUGGGCACCAAGUUCCACAACCUGGGAGAGAAGGUCAUGCCCAACGAGCGGAGGGAAAAGAUGCACCAAGCUGGCGAGCGACUGAAGCAGUCCGGUGAGCGGCUGAAGGAGAACAUCGCCAAGAAAGCUCCAACCAGAGAGACCUUCCGCAUCAAGCUGAAGAAGGAGAGAGCCGUCGCCGAGGGCCAGGAGGGCGCCGAGGCCGGAGCGGAGGCCGAGGCCGAGCUCCACAUCGACGCUCCGGCCGAGGAGAAGCCGCUCGCCUACACCGAGGUCGCGAUGGAAACCAAGAGAGAAGGGCCAGUGGAGGAAGCCGGCGCCACCCGGAUAGAAGACGAGGAUUACAGGAAGUAGAUCAGACGUCAGAUCAGACAUGAAGAGGAGGCGGGACGCCGCGGAAAGCUCGUAAUGCCGAGGAUUUAGAGAGAGGGUCUGUGAUUGGUCAACAUUGAUGGACAUUUUUUAUUUUUAUUCGCUAGGAUUUAUUCAAACGGAAGAAUCAGUACUGACACCAAAAACUCAUCCGAACUGGUUAUUUAUCAAAUCUAUUUCAGGGUGUUGAUUAAAGUCACUCUGUCAGAUUUUGUCUGUUGACAUUUUCAACAAUUAUAUAAUUUAAACAACUUGACAUGAAUGUGCGAAUCUUUAUUUCAAAUGCACUAAGAAACAAACGCAGUUUUAGAAUUUGUUGACUAAUUUGUGAGUCCCAAAAAUGUCAGAGAUGUGAGAUUGUUACCGGGGUUGUGUUGGGAUUGGUCACCAUGGUGGCACCAGAUGGCUUGAAGGAAAAGAAACGGUUGAUAAAGGAUGAUGAAUGUUGA